GAGGGGAGCCGGAGAGGACUCGUCCCACUAGCAUUCACACUGUUUGUAGCUCCGUUAGCUCUGUCAUUAAGUUAGUUGACCAGCCUUCUUCCAGCCGGCUGGACGCACAAAAGCAGUGGAGGUCUGUCAUUUCUUCUGCGACACAGACGGGCAGAGCAGCGGGUGAACUCAGUAAUAUUUCGGGUGGAAGAUCUAGGUGGAGAUGUGUAAUAAGCUGCAUUGGACACUAAGGACCUACCUGGCUGCCAGACUAUCAACUGACAGCUGUCACCGCACCUAGCUGCUUAAGCUAGCUGGCUAGGUGAGCUAACAGCUAACAAGUGUUUUUUCGGGCUCAUAGCCUGGCUAAUUUAGCCAGCCAGUGCUGCUGUCGGUUCGCGGAGGUAAGCAGCGACUUCUGCUGAACGUUGUAUCUUAUUAUAUUCUCAACAACAUUCGACUCCACCUGCUGUUCAAACUAUGAGUUAGCCAAGGAGCAUCGGACAGCAGUGUUUGGAAUAUUUUGAGGUCCAGCUAGUUGGCUAACAUUUAGCUUGAAGCUAGUUGACUGCAUUCAUUCAAUUAUUGAAAAACUGCUUAAGCGCAAAUACCAGCACCUCAACCAACAGAACCUGGUUAUACCCAAUCAUACUUGUUGUUACGACACAAAUACAUUUUGGACUCGAGCGUGCUUUUGAUAACCUCGGGGGACAUGAAGAAAUUUUUUGAUUCUCGUCGGGAGUUGGUGAGCUCUGGGCCUGGCUCCGGAGUCGGUGGAGGAGGCGCUGGUUCCGGCGGCGGUGGCAGCUUCAUCGGACGGGUCUUUACCAUUGGACGAUAUCAAGUGACCGUCGAGGAAAUUGUUGCCGAAGGAGGCUUUGCCAUAGUUUUUUUGGUGCGGACUCAUCAAGGCCUGCGCUGUGCACUGAAAAGAAUGUAUGUCAACAAUGAGCACGAUCUGCAGGUCUGCAAACUUGAGAUUCAGAUUAUGAGGGACCUAGUGGGCAACAAAAACAUAGUUGGUUUCCUGGACUCCAGCAUUACUGCAGUUGGAGCUGGCGAUGUGUGGGAAGUCCUAAUCUUAAUGGACUUCUGUCGAGGUGGUCAGGUGGUUAACCUAAUGAACCAGCGGCUGCAGACGGGCUUCACUGAGGCCGAGGUGUUGCAAAUCUUCUGUGACACAUGCGAAGCGGUCGCUCGUCUCCAUCAGUGCAAGAGUCCAAUCAUCCAUCGAGAUCUGAAGGUGGAAAAUAUCCUUCUGCACGACCGGGGACACUACGUGCUCUGUGAUUUUGGAAGUGCUACUAAUCACUUCCAAAACCCUCAGACAGAGGGGGUGCCAGUCGUGGAGGAGGAAAUCAAAAAGUACACUACUCUGUCAUACCGCGCUCCAGAGAUGGUCAACCUCUAUGGUGGGAAGGUCAUCACAACGAAGGCAGACAUUUGGGCCAUGGGUUGUCUGCUGUAUAAGCUGUGCUACUUCACGCUCCCUUUUGGGGAGAGCCAAGUGGCAAUCUGUGAUGGAAGUUUCACCAUCCCAGACAACUCUCGCUACACCCACGACAUGCACUGUCUCAUCAGAUACAUGCUGGAACCUGACCCAGAAAAGAGACCUGACAUCUACCAAAUAUCCUACUUUGCCUUUAAACUGGCUCGACGAGAGUGCCCAGUCCAAAAUGUACAUAAUUCACCUAUUCCUGCAAAACUUCCUGAGCCUAUCAGAGCCAGUGAAGCUGUGGCCAAAAAGAGUCAAACCAAAGCCAGGCUCACAGACCCCAUUCCUACCACGGAAACCUCAAUAGCACCUCGGCAACGACCCAAGGCUGGCCAGGCCCAGCCCCAGCCGAUAUCAGGCAUUCUUCCCAUCCAGCCAGCUCUCACCCCACGCAAAAGACCCAAUGUGGCUGCUGGAGCACCCCAGGCCAUAGGUGUCGGUAUCAGUGUCCCACCUCCAGCUGCAGCUGCUGUCCAACCUGCUCAGCAGGCUCCUGCUGCACAGGCUGCACCGCAGCCAGCUCAGACCGCCAACAUGCAGCCACAGGCUACACCACAGCAUCAGCAGCUCCUCAUGAAGCAGCAACAAGCCUCAGGCUUCUUAAGCCCACAGAGUAAUCAGCAGCAUCAACUGGUACUCACCCACCAGCAGCCAACAGCGUCUCAGGCACCUACCCUGCUGCAGUCCAAAGCUAAGCCUGUCCCUCCAGUUGUGCCCUUACAACUGCAACACCAGCAGCUGCAGCAGCAUGUAGCCGCUGUCCAUGAAACAACAGCUUCUCAUCUGACCCCCAUCCCCGAAUCUGCAGCCAUUGGUCCUGCAGCCGACCCAGAGGUCGUGAUGGCUGGCCGAGGGAUUCACAAAGUCGGCUCCUUGACGCCCCCCUCGUCGCCAAAGAUGGCCCCUAAGAGCGGCCACAGACGCAUCCUGAGCGAUGUCACUCACAGUGCCGUGUUUGGGGUCCCCGUCAGCAAGUCCACCCAGCUACUCCAGGCAGCCGCAGCUGAGGCCAGCCUCAACAAGUCCAAAUCAGCCAGCACUACUCCUUCUGGUUCCCCCUGCUCGUCCCAGCAGAGUGUGUAUCAUCCGGGUGGUGACGGUGACGCCCAAGCAGGCCAUACUGCACCCAACACUCAGCCCAGCUGGAACCCCUUUGGCGACGAUAACUUCUCCAAGCUAACAGCAGAGGAGCUGCUUAACAAAGACUUUGCAAAGCUAGCUGAGACUGCUGCACCAGGAGAAAAGAUCACAGGCUCCAGUGAAGAUCUCAUUCCAGGACUCAAUGCUUUUCCAGCGAAGGCAGAGGUGUGUGUGGACUCACUGAUUCCUGGUCUGGAAGCCCCCCAGGCCCAGCGACAUUCAGGCCAGCCAGAGCUCAUCCCUGCCAGCAUGCCAGACUCUGUCACUGGGGAGGACUCUCUGCUGGGCUGCCAUCUAUUAUCUCAUACUUCUCCUCAUGGAAACCAGUCUGUUUCUGCUCUCCCUUCCUCCUGCUCCUCUGCUCCUCCUGGCUCUGGCUCUGGUUCCUGUCUGGAGGAGCUGCCGCCUGGUCAGACACCCUCUGACUCUGCUUUCCUCAUGUCGUGUGGGGAGAAGGGCAAUGACGACGAGUUUGACCCUAUUCCUGUGCUCAUCUCCAAAAACUCAAAUCAAGAUGUGCAAGGGGAGAGUAAUGGCUACUCUGUGCUUGGAGAGGGACAAGAGACUGAGCCUCCCCAAGGAGAUUCUCAGACAAACGACGGAUGUGUGCACUCGAGUGAUGAAGAUGAGGAGAAAGAAGCCCAGAAGGAGCGGCAGCAGCAGGAGGAGGAGGGGGCCGCUGAGACUCAUGCAGCAGCCCAUGACUGCAGCGGCUCCAGACCGCUGCUGCUGGACUCCGAGGAUGAAGAGGAGCAAGGACCUCAGUUAGCCCUCCACUCAUCAUCGCACUCCGACGCAGCACCAUCACAACCGUCCACUACCUUCCAUCAACCCAGCACCUUCGCUCAGAAUCAUUCCCAGCACCUACAUGAGCCGGCGGUGGGGGCAGAAGUCGCUGCAGAUGUUUUCUCGAAAGCCCCCUUUCGGGUCGGACAAGAAGAAGCUUGCGACGUGUUUGCCAACGCUCCUUUCCCACGUGCCCCCCUUUCAGCUCAGCAGCAGCUCGACGUGUUCUCUCAGGCUCCCUUCGGGAAACGGAAGGAGGCCACGGGAGCUCAGGCCAAGACCUCAUAUCCUCACGCAGCUGGAGUUCAAGGUGUGACCCCCGAGCAAGGUGUGUUGGGACAAGUUGCCCAGCAACCGUUCCGCCCUCAAGCUCUGGCCAAAUACUCCCGGCACUUUGAGGGACCUGUGCCGCAGCAGCCGGUAGCAGCUCACAGAGUCGUGUCUAACGUGAGCAGGCAAGCCGCUGUGGCAUCAGUCCCCGUUGGACCUCUCCACUCAUGGACCUCAGAAGUGAGCGCUGUGGACCCUUUCGUCUCUGCACCCUUUCACCUCAAGGCCCCGCAAGAAAAGCCCUGAAUGCACACUCAGGGGUCAGGGCAUCGGCGCCACUCAAUUAUGCAAACUACAACCGGCGUACUGCAUGCUGUCACCAGCGCUGCAGCUGGACUGCAGACCUGCAUGGAUCUCAUUCUUAACUGGCUCCAAUUAGUCUGAUAGUGCAAGGUCAUCCUUAUUAGAGGAAGAAAACUGACAUCAUUCCCAGACUCCCGCUCACCUUUUAUUUUUCCUGUCAAUCCUUUUGGUACGUUCAUCUACACAAAGACAACACGGUGGUCAAGCAUUUGAUUGUUUUCUUGCCUACCUCAGUUACUUUUUGUGUCAGCACUAAGAAGCCACACAGUGAGGGAGGUGGGAGGUGGUAGAUUGUCUGCAGCUUUGGCAGUCUAAUUUCCUGUAUGUUUGAGCUUUACUGUGAAACUAUGAUCUGAUAACGCCUCACUCCUCCAUUGUAUUAGUUCUCAUAAAGGAUGCGUUCAGCUUGAAUCACAAGAUCAUGACUUCACAGAAGCUUGGAUGAGGAAAAGACGCUGUUUAGCACCGUGAGCGAGUGAAACACAUCCGCAGUCUGACAAUACUAUUGUGUGUUUUGUUUUUUUGUGACAGGACGUUUCAGAGGAAUCCGUAAUUGCAUCAAACCACAUUUUGACCGGCCUUAUGUUUCUGCCCUCAAAGUCAACCGUUUUAGGCCCUUUGGUCUUCAUGCUUGACCGUUUGCUACGAAGCAGAUGCCGGAUAAUGAUGCGUAGACAUUUCAAUGAACAUUUGUUGAUAUGACGUAACUUUUUUUUUUCCAAAAUGUUUGCAUUUUUGUCAUGUGUAUUACGUUUGUGGUCACUGUCCUGUCUGAUGGAAUAUCAGUGUUCAUUCCAUUUAAACGUAUAUAAAUGUUAGGCAUAGAAAAUACAGUGUACUAGUUCCUUUCUUAUAUAAACGUAGCAGAUUCACGUUGUUUGUUUUGCCUCAUGUUUGUAACAGGACAUCUCUGAAGCCUUACACUUUUAAAAUACUUCCCUCCUACCACACCAGACAGCGCAAAACACGUUUGCCUUUUGUGCCCUCCUAAAACAAACUGCUGCAAU